CCCGAUAGCUCGAUCAAUAUCCCGAUGUAUUUGUUAGGAUAUCAUCACUUCUGAAUCAAUAACUUUCACCGAGGCCACUUUUAAAGCCUCUUAGACAUGUUUAACGUUUAUGAAACUUUACAUGAAGCAGCUACCUGCCGCUAAACAACAGCUUGUAUCCGUUAGCACCGCCUCAUCAGGAGUUCCAAAGGUUAAAAUCAAACAGUCUUACGGAAGCUCGCACGGUCCAAGCUAAAGUAACGGUUCGAGCAGUCAGAAAAACAGAUCCUACCGUGUGGAUUGCGUUUAACUGGAUUAUUAUUAAUGUCUGAUUUAACAUCGACAGAAGGUUUAACCGCUAAGUGUCGGUUAGAUUAACUUUUCUCGGGUCCCGUCUCGGUUAACUCCGCCUGAGAUGCCCGUGGUUAUCUGUUGUCAGAAGUCAUCUUGUCUCUGAAGGUUAAACAGCUUCCCUGUGUAGCUGCAGUCUCAAUUAUGAUGUUUAAUCGCGUUUAAAUACGUUAUAUUCCGUCAGAAGGAAAUAUGUCGGACAGCGGCGAGUUCCAAUGGACGGUGGUCGUCCUGACGUGCCAACACAAAGAUAGCGUCUACGCCUUUCAGAGAGAGCUGGAGUUGAGGCAGCAGCGCGGCUCUCUCUCUCCGGGUUCGUUGGUUUUGACGGUGAGGGACCGCCAGGAGCCGCUGGGCAGCGGGGGGGCGACGCUGAACGCUCUGCUGGUCGCUGCUGAACACCUGAGCAGCAGAGCGGGACACACUGUGGUGACGGCCGACGUCCUGGAUGAUGCUCACAUCCUCAUCCUCCAUACAGGCAGGGACUUCCCGUGGAGCUCCUGCAGCAGAGCGUUUGAUUGGCUCCCGGCCGAGGCCCCGGGCCCGGUCCAGGCUCCUCUGUGUGUUCUGGACCUGGUUCUGGUGCUCCUCAGAGAGCAGGUCUGCCCCGGGUCCCCCCCCGGAGUCUGGGUCUGCAGCACCGACGCCAUCCUGCACCUCCCACAGGACCUGGUUUUGUCGUGGGAAGGUUUUUCCGGCGUCCGUGUUUUGGCGUUACCGGGCGACGUCUCGUACGCAGCCGAUCACGGCGUCUACCUGUCGGACGCUCAGGGUCAGGUGACGGACAUCGUCUACAGGGGGACGGAGGAGCAGAUUCAGCAGGCAGUGAUGCAUGAUGGGAAAGUGCCGCUGGUCUCUGGUCCGGUGUUCUUCAGCCGCUCGGUGUCAGAGAAGCUGCUGCAGAGCCACGUCUCCCCCCCCCUGGACGGUUGCACCUACCUGGGCCUGGACUCUGGAGCCCCGCCCCUCCAGAUCUCCUUGUUCCUGGAUGUGUUGCGCUGUCUCUGCUCAGAUCUGACUCAGGAUCAGUUUGUGAACGAGGAUCGGCCCGGCUGCAGUUCAGCUGUUGGCCCACAGGGGGCGCUGGUGAGGAGCGGCAGGGCGGAGCUGUGGAGGAUCCUGAGAGGAGAAGCGCUCAGUCUGGUUUACGUCCCCGGCGGUCGCUAUGACUACCUGACUCUGUCUGGACGAGGCCAUGUGGAGCGUCUGAGCCGUGAUUGGACGAACAAAAACACGCUGUCUCACAUCGAGAGAGAGAGUCUGGUGGGCGACGGAGGGCGGGUCAUCAACAGCGUGCUGGAGGGAGACGUUACCGUGGCGACGGGAGCGGUGGUGCAACACUGCCACCUGCAGGGUCCUCUGGUGGUCCCGUCGGGCUGUUUGCUGUCGGGUCUCGAUCUGAUGACAUCACGGUGUAUCAGGCAGCUGGUGGAUGACAUCAUUAUCCAGGGACAUCGUAUGGAGCUGGGGGAGCUGAGGCUGAACGUGUUCACGGUGACGGGCGCGCUCGACCAGCUGGAGGUCUCCUUUGAUGACAGCACCUCCUCCUUCCUGAACCAGAGUUGGAGUUUCUUCUUCAGCCGAACAGGAAUCCAGCCGGAGGAGUUGUGGGUGCGGGGGGGGCGUCGCUGCCUGAUGGAGGCGCGGCUCUUCCCAGUCCUCUCCCCCCGGGGAGGGGCAGUGGGGGAGGAGGGGGGCGUGUGCUGGCUGAUGGGGGGGGCCGGGGGAGGCCUGGGGAGGUGGAGGGAGGCAUGGAGGCUCUCUCUGAAGGAGGUGCUGUCACUCACCUGUCAGGAGGCGGAGCUACGCUGGAGGGAGGAGCUUCUGUUCCUGGGGGGGAGGAGGAGGGUGAGGGAGGAGCUGAGGGGGAGGAGCCACGUCUGCCUGCUGCCUUGCUUCAGGGCCGCGGUGCAGGGCGGCCAGCAGGGGGCGCUGCUGCAGACCCUGGACAGCAUUGCAGCAGGCAGCAGUGACCAGGGGGCGGAGCCAGGGUUGGGGACGGAGUCAGGUGCAGCGUUGGGGGCGGAGUCAACGUUGUGGGCGGGGCUUGGCGUGGGGGCUCGAUGCCUCUCAUGUAUCGCUGAUGUGUUGGUGAUCAUGGCGGGGGGGCGGGGGGGCCUGAGGAGCGGACCUGCAGCCAACGAGGCCUGGAGCCACGCCUACUCCCUAUUGGAGGAGGGGGACCUGAGGGGCGGGGUCAAAGCACUGGCAGCGCAGAGAGAUCAUUGGCUGAGCAGACCGGACCUCCUGGUUCGGGCCGCUCGUCACUACGAGGGCGCCGGACAGGUGCUGCUGCGCCGCGCCGUGAUGUCAUCGCAGAGGUUCAUCUCCAUUGGCCAGGGGGAAGCCCCGCCCCUCGGGGAGUGGCAGGAAGUGGAGUGUCCGGCCAGACUGGACCUGGCAGGCGGGUGGAGCGACACGCCGCCCAUCGCCUUCGAGCACGGCGGCUCCGUCACUAACGUGGCAGUGAGGGUCGAUGGGAGGCGUCCAAUUGGUGCUCGCGCCCGCCGCAUCCCGGAGCCCCGCCUCC